AUGCCGCCCACCGUGCUUCUCAUUGUUUUGGGUGUGGAUUUCGUGGGUGUUCCUGUUUUCUCAGCCCUGCUUCAGUCAGUCGGGUGGCUUCUUGCGCUGCCCGUCCUGCACUUUGCUGCCGUCUCUUUAUUCCUUCCUUGUUGCCUGUUGGUUGUGGCGUUGGUCUCGGUUUUCCCCUCUUUUUUUGUUUUUGCCCUCUGGUUGAUCCUGGGGCUAAUUGUUCCAUUUGUUUUUUUGGUUUCUUUUGGGCUGUUUUUGUGGCCUCGCUUUGUGCGUUGUUCUUUUUGGUUUGUUCCAUCGGUUAUUUUUUUUGGUUCGCCUCAGCUCUGGAGAUUGGUGCUUGCCAUCUUGUUCCUCUGUUUGUUCCUGGCGGUGUGGUCUUCGUGGUUGUUCCUGGCCUUUUCCACUGUCGGGUGGGCGCCUGUACUACGUCUAGCCGUUUGGUUGCAUCAGGGCCCCUGGCCCAUUAACAAGGUGUGCCUGUUGUGUGGGGUUCUUCUACUUGGUGCUUUCUGGAAGGUCUGUUUUCCUGAUUGGCUUCUGGGAUUUUGGCUACUGUUGAAGCUGUUGUGGUCAAGUUUUUUGUCUGGGAUGUUUGUCGUGGGUUUGUCAUAUGUUUUUUUGUUACAAGCUGUAGUUAGCCAGUGCGACUCGGUGUCUGUUGCUUACUUAUGUGAGGUCGCUGAUGAUGGAGCUGUACUAGCUGGCAUUGAGGUAGAGUUGCCUCCCUUGAAUGCAGAGGCUGCUCCUCGCCAUGUGUUCUUUUGGAGCUGUCCUCAUAUCACUUGCAUGGCCCCUUAUGAACAGGCAGCAUUCCAGGCUGUGAGCUUCCUACAAAUGUUAUAUGGGUUCCUUGUGAUCAAUUAUAGUUACCAGAGCCUUUUGUAUUAUAGGAGAGUUGCACAAUCAGCUGUUGAGAUAGCCGCUAAUGCGAUUCGUUGGGUGCAUGCAGUUGGCUCGUUCAUUUGUGCGCAGCCCGUGCCUCCUGCCGACGUAAAUGAAUUUUUACAGGUUUCCUUUGGUGACUGUUCUUUUGUCCUGUUGUGCCUUUACUGA